CGCUCCAGGAGUCGGCCCUGGCCCAGCUGCAGGCGGAGCUGGAAGCCGCUCAGGCCAGAGAGCGGCAAAGCACCCGCACGCUGACUGCAGCGGAGGAGACCAUCCAGGCGCUGACGCUGACAACUGCGUCCUGUCAAGAGAAGCAGACGGAGGCGCUGGAGAAGCUCAGCGAGACGGCGCAGGACAUGGCGGCCCUGCGGGCGGAGCUGGUGCGGACACGGGCCAGGGAAGCCCAGCUGGAGGAGGAGACGGCAGCCUGUGAGGAGCGCAUGAGGCGGCUCAACGGGGAGCUGAAGAAGCUGCAGGGUUUCCAGCAGCAGCACGAGCAGGAGGUCCGGGCCUUCGAGGAGCAGCUGGGGGAGCGGAGCAGCCAAGUGCAGCACUGGCAGCGGCGGUACCAGGAGAACGCGCAGGCCCUGGCGCAGCGGGACGAGGACCUGGUCGUAGUCAAGGUGGAACUGGCCUCGUUGAAAGAAAAGCUCCAUGGUGCCGCUGAAGAGAGAGACCGCUUGCAGCAGGACCUCAAUGUCUUAAGGCAGAAGUUCGUGGCCUCCAGCAGUGAGGCAGAGGCGCUGCGCUCCUCCCUGGGGGCUGCACGCUCAGACAGCCGCCGGCUGCACCGCGAGAGCGAGCUGGUGCUGGCCAACGUCAGCCAGUGGGUGAAGGAGCAAAAGCAAGCAAACGACAAACUGGGGCACAAGAUCCGGGAGCAGAUCAAGCACAUCGCGCAGCUGACAGGCGAGAAGGACCACCUGCAGGAGGUGCUGGCGAGGCUGCAGCAGGAGAACAGGCACCUGAAAGGCGAAGUGGCCGAGCGGCGCAUUGAGUGUGAGCGGCUGAAGGCUCUGCAGGGCAGCGGCUUAGCUGCACGGGCCGUGCUUCGGCAGCCAUGGCCCCUGCUCCUGGGCGAGGAGUGAGGUCCCUCCCUUCUUCCAGCCUGGCACCUGCACGAUGGACCCAGCAAGGACUGUACACGGGGCAGGCACGUCCUCUGCACCUACCUCAGCUCCCCGUGCGGGCCCUGGGCCCAGCCUGCACUGUGAAAUAAAGCCACGGGCACAGGCUGUCACUGACCACGUGUGGUUUGGCCACGUCGGCAGGGGGGGCUGCAGCCCCCUCAGCAAACCCCGCUUGCCAGGAACAGCCCAUGUAUUUCAGCCAUUAAAGGUGUUGCUAGUACAGCCCCCAACCCCUAUCCAGCGUAGUCACUGGAGCAGCACUGCUCCCUCCUGCCACAUCCCAUCGCUGGAACGGGUGCGGGCCAGGGACCGCGCGUAGCACCAGCCCUGAGGCAGAUUCUCUCCCCUCCCGCCCAGGAGAGGUGCAGUGGCCAAGGCCCAGCCUGCAGCUGUGAACACCAGCCCCUGGCGCAGGCUUGCGGAGCAAGCAGCCCGGCUGAGCACACUGCGAUUUCGGUGGCCAAGGCCCUUGC